AUGAAGACAACUAUUCCUCUCCUUUCCUUGGCGACGACCCUCAUUCCAAGUGGGGUUGCCGCAUUCUCAUCCCUGCAGGGAUGCAAGAUAUCCAAUGCUCACAGGCUCCCCACGGAGAUCGGCAUGGCGAAAAAGAUGAAAAAUAAGCAAGCUGAGUUGUUGAAGAAAAUGGAACUCGCCAAGCAGCAAUCGGCUCAGGAAGCAUCCGAUGAGAAGUCAGCCAACAACAAGCUUUCCGAUGAAGAAAUCAAGGAACAGAACGAUCGCAAACGUUUCGAAGAGCUUUUGAGCACCCAACCGGUUGCAAUGACUGAUCUCUCUGCAGAUAGUUACCUGACCAAGGAUCAGGAAGAACUAGAUAUGGAUUUACGGGUGUCUGGGCGAGACCUUUUGUUCGAAGGUGAUCCAGCUCCAACGGAAGAGUUCAAUUGCCUGAUACCAACAACUUCAGAGCAGCCAAUUGGAGAAAUGGGGGCAAAGCGACUCGUUCCAUGGACCCGAGAUGGGAGAGGGUCUGAUUUCCUCGUCGUGGUCUGUGAUCCUAGAAUAAAAUCGAAUGAUCUUCGAGAAAUCACCAAGGCGAUAUCAAUGGAACUGCCCAAGAACCUCUUGAAGGAAACCAUUGUGAUUAGUGCAGAUUCACCUGCUGAAAACAGGCGGUUCCUGAAAAAGUCCAAUGUUGCGAAUAUUGACAUGUUUUCCGAUGAGUCCAAGACCUGGAUGAAAGCGUACACGGCUCUAGGAGCACAAAAAUUGUACUCGACAAUGUACAUUGUCGCAGAUGGUCGUAUUCAAAGGAUUGCCCGAGACUUGGACCCAUUGGAUGCCGUCACCACGAUUCGAAACGCUGACAAGUCCUACCAGACGAGAUCAUUAUAA